GCUAAAAUUAAUAAAAACUCAAACUAAAAUGGACACUUUUUACAAAUGUAAAAAUCACGCUCUCCCUAUGAAAUAUGAGCCUAUUAAGAUGAGGCACACUAAAGCAAAUAGCUCACCACUACAAAGAACUAAGUUCAAUCUCUGCAAGCCACUACAGAAGCUAAAGAUGGGCUUGCAGUUAAAUAUCUCUCCACAGAUCACAGAGAAACUUAAAAAGAUGGCGUUGAAGAACUCAAAGAAUAAAGUUUUCAGGAGAAGACAUAUUGAUGAGCUUUCAACUAUUAGUGUUGGCCCUGUUAAAUUUAAUAAGCCCAUGAGGUUUAUCUCACCCCAACCAAGAAGGAACGCACUUAAAAACGCGGGUCAAGUUCCAAAAGCGAGAGUUUUUAGUCCUAGUAACAGAAAAUUUGUAUUUUACCCGCAAAACGUCAAAUUUUCCAGAAAGAGGCGGUUGAGAGUUUCCAGGAUUGAGAGGAAGCUGCAUGAACAAAAUUUAGAAGACAUUGAGAGCUCUAAUGCCUGUUUCGGAAUGAGGAAAAACACUUUCCUCCAAGAUUUUAAACACAGUCCUCUCUUCCAAUCAAGAGGCAAUGAUCGAUACAACAGAAGUUUUAACUCUUGAGGAUAUGAAGUCUAUGAUCAAGCCACAGAGGAGGAGGAUCAGGGAAGCCCUGAUCUGUUCCUCGAGUCUAUCUCCUAUUAG